AUGGCUGCUAUGAUCGCGUCCCAGAUGGCUUUCCGGGCCUUCAGAGCUGCCCCGAAGGCUGCACCCUGGGCCAGUCUCUCUGCCCAGCUGCCUCGGGCUCAGCCUGCCUUCCGCCGGUUCUUCGCGGCUCCCACCCAGGAGCAGCCGCGGCUGCGCCUGGGCUCGACUGCCCCCAAUUUCACGGCACUGACCACCAAGGGCGAGAUUGAUUUCCACGAGUUUAUUGGCGACAGCUGGACCAUCCUCUUCUCCCACCCGGCCGACUUCACCCCCGUCUGCACCACCGAGCUGGGUGCUUUUGCGAAGCUGAAGGAUGAAUUUGAGAAGCGCGGUGUGAAGAUGAUUGGCCUGAGCGCAAAUGACCUCGGGUCCCACGGCGAGUGGAUCAAGGACAUCAACGAGGUCUCCUCUACCGAAGUGCAAUUUCCCAUCAUCGCGGAUGCCGACCGCAAGGUCGCCUAUCUGUACGACAUGAUUGACCAACAGGACUUGGAUAACAUCGACCAGAAGGGCAUCGCCUUCACGAUCCGGUCCGUUUUCAUCAUCGACCCGAGCAAGAAGAUCCGCCUGACCAUGAUGUACCCUGCCUCGACCGGCCGCAACUCUGCCGAGGUCCUCCGUGUGAUUGACUCCCUCCAGACUGGCGAUAAGAAGGGCGUUACGACCCCGAUCGACUGGCAGGUCGGCGACGAUGUCAUUGUGCCUCCCUCCGUCUCCACCGCGGAUGCGAAGAAGAAGUUCGGCGAGGUUCGCGAGGUUAAGCCCUACCUGCGUUACACUAAGAUCUAA